AUGUCGGUCUCACCGUCUGGCUCUCCGCCUCGUCGGGCAUUGCAUGAGCGCAGUAAUUCAGAAAACAAUUCACAGAACAAUCGCCUCGGGAUCCGCCUUGUCCCUUACAGUCCGCCACGGGUUGCCUCAGAUGGCACUGUCACAUCGUCUAAGACAAUCACUCAGGCUGAUGCGAAUGCUGAGACCGAUACGGAACUUGAUCAGAGUCAGACAUACUCCCCGUCGCAUUCCUUCAGUCCUCAGCUUGAAACACCAUCACCAUCCCUGCAAAGGACCCGGGCGAGAACAACCGUGGUAUCUCCGUCACCAUUGAAGGGCCCAAUUCGAUAUCCGUCAUCCGAUUUUGAACCAAGCCAAUCUUCCUGGACACCCCAUUAUGAUACCGAUGCUGAUGAUCAAGCCUCUUAUGCUUCACGCCCACCUUCUCGUGGACCUUCAGCUUCACCAAGACCCGCCUCUCGCAAAAAGGUCAUCAAAGUCAACCCUGACAAGACCUUCUCUGUACAAUAUCACAAUGCUUCAAUGUCUUCAAGAGUCGAGUCUCUCUGGUCUCUUCCUCCAUCUUUCACCACCGGCAACACUUCUUACGGCCGAGAAUCCAUAGGCACGCAGGGCACGAUAGGCGAGGAUCGUCAAAGCCGGCCAGCUUCACCUUUGACUCCGCUUGCUGAACGUGAACCAAGUUCUCCAGUUAUUUCGUCGCGGACCCAAGACCCAUCAACCCCCGACACCUCGCCCUGGAACUACCGGUUAUUCGGAGGCCUGCGUAAAGUACCCAAAACUCCCGACGUGAAGCAAAAGCAACCGCAAACUCAAGAUGCUCCGCCAGAGUUGCCUCUCCCUACACUGCCUGAGGUUGAUCUUCCUGUUCCUGAAGCAGGCCCCUCUUCUAAGUGGCUUAAUGAGAAGACAUCGUUUCAUUCUUCAUCGUCCGAUCAAACAAGAACCACUGUCUCUGAAAGAACCAACAUCAAAACAUAUGGACAAAGCUCCCCAGUCAACGUCGCCGACUUGCGUAGUCUGCCACCAUCGUCGAUACAUUCCAACAUCGAACUUAUUGGCGAUCCGUCUUCAGCAGAAGCCUCCUUAUAUGCCAGCACUCGACCACCGACCGAAGACAGCAACGUCAAUUUCGUCACCCACUCGGCCUCUUCAUCUAUCGUAGCUGUCAGACAUCGUGUACAGCCCGAAUUCUCACAAGAGAGUUUAGUUGUCGCUCCUUUACAGCCACGGAAAAGAAGAUCUUCCGAUACCUUUGCCCUCGCCAGAUGUCGAUCUCGUGACACCAUUCGAUCUCGAUCCGCAUCAAUAACCUCUCUGUCGACCAUUUUCACCCAGGAGGCCACUCGUGCACUUUUUGUUGGGCCACCGACAGUACUCCAGCACGCUGGUCCAUCGUGGCACGAUCUCCAAAGCCGACCUCAAUCACGCCCUCAUCAAUGGAGCGGUCAAUUAUCAACAGUCAUGUCAGAAAGCGAGGGUGGCAGCAGUGAGCCCGCAUCUCGUGCUCUUUCGCUUUCUUCUGUUCCCCGUCGGCGUGGUAGUGACCACAGCAAGCAUGUUCUGAGCAUGACUUCCUCACUUUUCGGCCUUGAAGAGCACAUCGAAAGUCCUUCACCUUCCAGGGGCAAUACCCCUUCCCAUUCGAGGAACAACUCUCUGGAACCCCCUUCUGCAACCCAUGCCCGAAACUCAGCCCGUGAUCCCGCGACCGGCACAAUCCGUUUGGUUCGCGAUCAUGAUGAAGAUGGCGAUGGCCUUGCUGAUUUGGAAGUACUCCAUCACCGCUCUUCGCGAACUCGAUUGGGACGGUUUUUGUCAAGCCAUGCCUCCGACCGCAGCCUACGAUCAACUGCCAGUUUCAACGCUGCUGUUCCUGCUUGGGCUAAGGUUUACUAUGGCAGUGGUGAGCGCAAAUGGCUGGCCGCGCAGCCUUCCAUGGAGUCCAUGUAUGACUCUGACUUCAACGACAGCGAGCUUCACGAGCCUCAACUUAGCCGAUCGCCCAGCCAGGAUGCCAAUGCCACCAACAUUCGUAAUCCCAGACGCCGACCUCGCGACUUGUUUCCUCGACAACAUUCAGCUACGGGCUCCAUGGGUGUCAGCGCGGCACCAGCUCACCCGGUGAUGGCGGUCGUUCGCAAUAUCAAGAAGCAAACUUCCAGCAUCUGGUCGCCUCACUUGGCACGGGAUCGACGACCUGCUCAGAUCAGCAUCUGGCAGCCUCCGGCUUCAGAAUGGGAAUCUAGGAGUGAACUAACUGGCCGACGUAAUGCUCAGGUCACCAUGUUUGUCGUGGGAUUUGUUUUCCCACUGGCCUGGAUGCUGGCUGCAUUCAUUCCUAUCAAGGCGGCUACUACUGAGACAGAUGAUAUUGAGCGCAACAACAGUACGUCAAAGUUAGACGGAACCCAAGUGAACGGCAGAGAGGAUGCCGUUUUUACGAGUGCAAUCUGGUGGAGGAAGGUCAACCGAGGCAUGUCUAUCAUCGGUUUGCUCAUCCUUGGCGCCAUCAUUGCGCUCAUCGUGAUAGGCGUUAAACAACGCUGGGGACAAUGA